AUGACAACCAAAUAUAGAUACCAUUUUUUCAAGAAUGUAAGAGCUCGGGGGGAAUUUCCACGGUUACUAUUUGUAGCUGCAGGGGUUCCAUAUGAAGAUGUGAGAUGUGAACGACAUGGCAAGGAAUGGGACGAGAAAAAGCCACAAAUGCCUGGUCGAACACUACCUGUAUUGGAGUUAAAUGGAGAAUUGUUUGAUGAGAGUGUGGUGAUUGCCAGAUAUUUAGCCAGGGAAUUCGGAUUAACAGGAAAAACUAAUUACGAACAAUUACUGACGGAUACCAUUGUAGAGAAAAUUAUACAGGUCAGAGAAUCCUUUUCUGGAUUUGUUUUCGAGAAAGACGAAGAAAAGAAGGCAGCAGCUGUCGAGAAAUUUACCAAAGAGCUAUUACCACUGGUUUUAGGUGUGAUAGAAAAUAUUGCAGCCAAAAAUAAAGAAAGUGAUUUCCUCGUUGGAGAUUCGUUAACGUGGGCUGAUUUAGCAGUAUUUGAUCUUUGUCAACAUCUGACGAACUUUGACUCCCAUGUUUUAGACAAUUAUCCUAAUAUAGCAGCCAAUUAUAAACUGGUCCCUCUCCUACCUAGAUUAGAUGAUUAUUUACGAAAUAGACCCGUUACAGUUAUUUAG